AUGGAAGGCCUCAGCGCCUUCACCAGUGAGGAGGAGGUCCUGGAUGGGUACCAGGUCCUCAGGGUCCUCGGCCAGGGCGGUUUUGGGCUGGUGAAACUGGCCUAUCAUUGGGAAAGCAGGAGCCAGGUGGCUGUGAAGGUUGUGGAGAAUGGGGGCCAGCACUCCUGUGGCUUCCAGCAGUUGUGUGCAGAAGCAGAAAUCAUGAGGGGGCUGCAGCACCCUCACAUCAUUAAGCUACUGCAGGUCAGGCACACGGCCGAGAGGGGCUACAUCUUCAUGGAAUGUGCGGUCAGGGGGGACCUCAGAGGUUACAUGGUAGAACGCGGCUACCUUCUAGAUGGAGAGAUUCGCCAGCUGUUGACGCAGACCCUAUUAGCUGUGCACUACUGCCACGCGCAGCACGUUGUGCACAGGGAUUUGAAGUUAGAAAACCUGCUUCUCGACGCCAACCUAAACAUCAAGCUGAGCGACUUUGGGCUCAGCUGCAAACUGGCGGAUGGAGAGCGCCUGCGGAGUCUGUGCGGGACCUUUGCCUACUGUGCGCCCGAGGAGUUCUUAGGUGAGGAGUUCUGCGGGUACAAGGCGGAUGUGUGGAGCGUGGGUGUGAUCCUGUACGCCAUGGCAGCAGGGGCACUCCCUUUCGUCGGAGAGGAUUUUGUGGAGCUGCAGGCAGCCAUCCUGUCUGGAUACUACAGAAUCCCCCACUAUGGAAACCCAGAGCUGUGUAACCUGGUGGACAGCUUACUGACCCGGGACCCUGAGGCCAGGCCCACAGCAGCAGACAUCAUGGGCCACCCAUGGCUCCAGGCAGGACAUGAAGCACCUGCAACCAGGCCUCCAGCGCUGCCGGGUGCGGCGUCCCCUGUGCGUGCCCAGGGCCUCCAGCGCUGCCGGGUGCGGCGUCCCCUGUGCGUGCCCAGGGCCUCCAGCGCUGCCGUGUGCGGCGUCCCCUGUGCGUGCCCAGGGUCUGCCUACAGCACUACCAUGUAUGACGUCCCCUGUGCGUGCCCAGGGCCUCCAGCGCUGCCGUGUGCGGCGUCCCCUGUGCGUGCCCAGGGCCUCCAGCACACUCGGAGCCCCCUGUCACAGUAG